CGACGUUUUAGUACAGGUCAAAUACUGAGACAUUAUAUCAGUAAUUAUUUGAUAAGGAACUCGAGCCUUCCUUUAUCUUAUACAUGUAUAAUAUAUACACAAUGAACAUCUUAGUGAUAUUGUAUCUUGUAGGAUUAACCUUUGUGUCAGUCAGCGGCGUUUGUCCUAAUGGUUGGACGAGACAUGGACCAACAUGUUACCACUUUAGUCAUGAUACGGAAGACUGGCCUGGGGCUCUGAUAAUGUGUGAAAGGAUGGGUGGAAAUCUUGUUGAGGUGGACGGUGCAGACGAGGAUAAAUAUCUUGUUUCGCAAGUGAAAGUGUUUAACCAGGCUUACUGGAUUGGCUUGUCUGACGUCAUGGAAGAGGGAAGCUGGAUAUGGAUGGUGAGUAAAAACCCAAUAGAAUCCGGCAGCUAUUCUAACUGGUCACCAGGGGAACCGGACAACAUCCAGAGUAAUGAGAAUUGUGCCGAACUUUGGCCAUCCACUGGUCAAUGGAAUGAUGGACAGUGUCAUGUACCACAUCAUUAUAUCUGCGAAAAAUCUGAUGAAGUGACUGAUAUCAUCGGAUAGGAUCACGUGAUUGAAUGCUGCUUUCAUUAUCAAUAAAACAAAAACUGUAAACUUUACUCUCAGUUAUGAAUUCUUAUCUAUGUUAAUUUUCUAUAAGCUUCUUUCCGACAUUAAAUACAUAUUAGAAAGUA